CGAGUAUUUGUGGAAUUAGGUUUGAUGCCUGCUCUCGUGCUCAGAUAUGAGUAAAACCUAGGGUCUAGUUCUCUAAUCCUUGCUCAGAUCGGAAUUUGAAGUUGUGAUACUCCUAAUUCGCAACUCAAGUCGAGCUUCAAUUCAAAUUCUCCUCAGUCCAGUUAGAUGUACAUUCAUCUACUCCACCCGCAAUUUUCAUCUGGGUGUUACGAUUUAGCUACGAGUUCACCAGCAGACACGAAGAGAGCUCGUCCAUGUAGUCCGUACGCACAAAGGGGCAGCUGACUCUGCCUUCCGGUGCACCUACCAGAAACAUGACAUCGUCGGGAAAAGGGGUUCCAUUGUCAAAAGAACUUACGCGAAUCACGGGUGGACCUUGACGAUCAAAAUAAGAAUCAUGUGGCCGCUGGUGGUUCAGGCAAUGUUCAAAUGCCAGCGUAUUCCCCAAGGUGUUACGCUCCAGAACUGCCACAACGCCCAAAGCUGUAGUAAUCAAAGUAAAUCGUGUACUUUGUUGCGAUGCGGCUGAUGCGCUCCACUUUAGAAUCACCAUCAGACUUUGUUUCAGGUAGAACUUGAAGGUUGCUGCCACCGCCCGUUGCUUCGGGAAGAUCAAAGGGAGAAGACGUGGUUCGUGCUUCUUCCGUUUCUGUUUUGAAAACAAUUUAAAUAAUGCUCAUGGAUAUUGUUUCUUGAAAUAAUUAUUUGGGGGCUUGUAUGCCCAUGUUUGCCAAGGUGUGGCAUAAACACUUGUGUUAAAUGUUUCCGUUGCUAUAAAUGUUUAUUUUACAUUAUGUUUGUUUAUGGAUGUACUAUGUGUGAAUGGUAUUCAAGACGCCUUGUAUAGUAUGGAUGAGUCGGACUGCGGUUGACUAUUUGUACUGUACGGCAGGUUGUUGACAAUUUAAAAACCGGCUAGGUCCGGGGCGUGACAAUUUAAUUGGUAUCAGAGCCUUAGUCUGUAAACAUCAUAAUGAAGCUUCAAAAUUUCUUUUUGAAAACGAAUUUGAAAACCAUGAGCAUAAGGUUUUGUACUUAUAGAACUUUUGGUACUUGAGUUGCAAUGUCUCUAAUUGUUAAGAUGGUACCCUUAACAAUUGGUAUGGCGGUGAUUUGAUCCAAAGGAUGUCUUUAAGUACCUAUCCGUCAAUUGACAUUUGAUACGAGUCUAAUGACUCAUUCUCAAUUUCUUUCAGAAAUGGAACGUACCGGGAAAGUAACUAGAAGGAACCCAACUGGCCGAGCACCGGGAGGAUCCGUGCAAGGCAGUAGAGGGGCUUCUAGGGUGUCCAGAGGACAGGGCCGUGGAGGCCAAGAUCAGACCGUGAGUGACGGUUAUGUUGGAACAGUCAACGAGUCCUAUGAGUCUGAGGAGGAUUCAACGUAUCAACCGGGAACUGAGCCGGUUGAGAACCCAUAUGAUGGGGAGUAUGAUGAUGCUAGUGAGGGGAGCGACGAUGAUGACGCUCUGGAAAGGAUGGAGGAACUACUCCGUCAAUUUCAACAGGAUCGCCAAAGGCGCCGGGCAAGGCGUGCUUUGGGAGGGGCUUCAAGAAGGGGAAGCCAUGCGGGUUCUAGGGGACAUGUAGAGUCCCGAGUAGAUCGAGGUGUCGAGGUCCCGAUAAUAAGGAUCUCGAAGUACCUCAAGGAAGCAAGAGACCUGGGGUGUAAACCGUUCGAUGGAAUGGGAGAUAUAUCCGUUGCGGCGGAGUGGAUCAAGAGGUUCAAUGAAGCGGCCCUUGAUAUGCAGCUGCCGUCAAACAUGAAGAUGAGAGUAGCAACAAGGUUGCUAGAGGGGAUGGCGUCCACAUGGUGGGACGGUGUCAAGGGGAAGUACGGUGAGGCCGUAAUUUGGGAGAAUUUCCGGCAGGAAUUCUUCAACCAAUACUACUCCAACUUCGAGGUGAACUUGAAGAGGAGAGAAUACACCAACUUGACCCAAGGAGGCAAGUAUACCGUGAGGCAACUUGAGCACAAGUUCAGGGAGCUCGCGGAGUUCAUACCGGAGUAUGCUUGUGAUGAGAACCAGAUGGUGAAUCACUUUUGGGAUGCUUUAGACUUAGACGUGCGUGAACGGGCAACACAAUUGCCUAACAUGACGUUUAGUCAAGUGGUGGAGCAAGGCCUGAAAGGGGAGAAGGAAUGGGAAGAAAGAAAACUGAAAAACGUCGAGGAGGCGAAGAAGAGGAAAUGGGAGAACACCGGCCCCCAAGGUUCUAGCAAGAAGGGGAACCACGGGGGAGGUGGGUCUUUCAGAACGCCCGCACCACCAUCUAGGGGAAAUCAAGGCCCAGGAGGGCAAGGCUCGAGGUCGCAAGGCUCGGGCAUUAACAGGUGCAACAACUGCAAGAGGAACCACGCGGGCGAGUGCCGCGAUCCCCCUAGGUGCUACCAAUGCGGGGAGACGGGGCACUUGAGAUCAAACUGCCCACAACUUGGGCGAGUCAUGGGUGCAGGACCUAGCAGCGGGACUACGGAAAGUAGGAACCGAGCAGGGGCACCUCACGCGAGCACGACGCACGGAGGGCCAAGUACAAGCAACGCACCAUCCGUGAACCAAGGCAAGACCCAGGCUAGGGUCUAUGCGAUGACGGACGCACGUGCUAACCCGGACUCCGUGGCGGUUUCAGGUAGAACUUGAAGGUUGCUGCCACCGCCCGUUGCUUCGGGAAGAUCAAAGGGAGAAGACGUGGUUCGUGCUUCUUCCGUUUCUGUUUUGAAAACAAUUUAAAUAAUGCUCAUGGAUAUUGUUUCUUGAAAUAAUUAUUUGGGGGCUUGUAUGCCCAUGUUUGCCAAGGUGUGGCAUAAACACUUGUGUUAAAUGUUUCCGC